AACGAUAGCAGGACCUCGUAUUUACUAGCCACCGGUACUCGAAUAAGGUAAAUUGGGCAAGGGGAGGCUAGCGCGACUGAGACCACCGAUCCCUUGCUCUGCGGCAUGAGCCCUGCACGGCGCCUUUCUGGCGAUAGACAGCAUCCCUCCUCCAUCUUCUGGGGAGCGGUAGGAUAGGGAGUAUCAUAUGCGAGUAAGUGAUAUAACAACAGGCGCGCCGGGAAUAUGGGUGGGUGGGGUAUAAGUUUAGUUGAUUCCCCCCUCGCUCUCGUGGCUUGAAAAGUUUUUUUCCCCUCUUUCACCUCUCUUUAUUCUACCACCCAUACGUUACAUUAGGCUCAGUCCUUCAUUUCCCACUUUUGGUACAUUUGUUUGUUUCCAGACAGAGUCUCAUUAAUAUACCCAUCCUCAUCGAACAUAUCCGUAAUUAUGAAGGUCACUCGGUUCGUACUGCUCGGAGCUUCUGUCACUGUUGCAGCUGCAUCCCAUCAGUUCAAGCCCAAAGCCAAGCCCGUCGACCGUCGAGAUGCAAUCCCGAUCCCGGAUGUAUUCAUUAAUGCGGCACAACUCAUGCCAGCUCUUCGAAGGAGAGACUUGGAGGAGCCAAUCUACUACGCUAGCGUGCCGGAAGGAAUCGUGAAGAGGAGUUUGGAGACUAGACAAUGGGGGUGUGAGACUGUGGGACAGAUCAAUUGUUUUUUCCAGGGGUGCUGUAAGUUUUUUUUUUGUCAGCAAGGCUCUUCGGGGCUUUCAUCCGGGGCGGUAGGAUGCGUGAUUAUUGACAGAGAGUAGGUAAUGUCGGCACUUUUUGUGGAACUUUUGGCGGACAGACUGGAUGUUGUCCUAUUGGGAAGUUAUGCACGGGCGUCGGUAGCUGCAAGACCCCUGAGACCGCAUGCGGGUCUGGGUGCUGUCCCUCGAAUGCUAUCUGCACCUCCAAUGCCGAUGGGAGUGCUGCCUGUGACUAUGGCAUCGGAUUAUCGGGAUCAUCGAGCACCAGAGUUUCACCGGUACCUACCGCGACGUCCGCCCGUUCAUCAUCCGUGCCGACUUCGAUCUGCCCUGUUGGCUACUCCCCCUGCGCUGGCACCGAUGUGUGCUGCCCUGCUGGCGUCAAGUGCUUGCCAAACAAUAAGUGCGAUGCCAAGUGCUCUGCCAUAGACGUCAGGUGUGGAACUGGAUGCUGCACGAUCGGAUUAACCUGUGACGCCAGCACCUCAAUUUGCGUGGGGACCGGCAGUGGAGAAUCUAUUGACUCGGUUGACAUUGGCAUUGGUAGUAGUAGCAGCCGGAGGGUUUUUUCCAGCAGGUCAACCACUUCAUUCACGAGGGCUACCUCCACCCCCGACAGCGGAAUUAGCGUCACUACAGCUAGGUCAAACGCCGAGUCAAGUGUUGGAGCUGGUGGGAAUACGGGUGGUGGCAACUCUGGUGUCAUCGUUGGUUCAUCGGGUUCCAGGCUCGUUGCUGGAAUGGGAAUAGCUGGAGUAGUGGCUGUUGUCGGAGUUGCAUUUCUCUAGGGGAGGUGUAAUAAGUUGUGGCACACCGGGAGCUCUUGUUUUCUCUCUCUUUCAUUCACUUAUCAUGGUGUUUUUUUUCUUCUCUUCCUUUGAGCGUUUCUCAUUUUUUUUGUAAUCAUUGAGGGAGAGCCUUUUCUGUCUGAUUGACAUUACUAAUUAUUCGCUCCUUUUUUUAUGUAUUGCUAAGGAUUUUAUGUGUAUACCGCAUCCAACCUUUUCCCAUGGAAGGGAUGGGAUGGGAUGGGAGAGAUGAUGGACGGAAUUGGAAGACACGAGGACCCAUACAGGUUUUAACAAGAAUUGGGAACAUAAUGAUAAUAAAAAUCAAGAACUUUAUCUAUCUUU